AUGGAGUUACCCGUGGCACCCGUCCAGCCCUCCACAAUCUCCCAGUCGGAUAUCAAUCAGCGGUUCUAUCGUCACUUCCAAGCGGAAUGCACAGAACUCCAGGAGCAGAUUGCACAGCUUGAAAACUACAGCCUGGUUGGAGGAGAGAAGCAAGAUGCCAUUGACCAUGUGAACUCUGGAAUCACUAGGCUCUCGAACGAAGUCUCCGAUGCAUCAGGCUUUGUUCCAGCCUACGAUCAAAGAAUUUACUCACAGGCUAUCAAGGCUUUAGAAGAGAAGCUCCAAGAGGCUCGCACCAAAUUUGCGCCCAAGCCAAGAUUCCAGUUCAAACAGCAGAAAAACAACUCUGCGAUAUCCCUCACUGAUGCAGCUGAGCUCGCUCAAGAAAAGCGACUCAAAGCCCCAGGAUUUGGCCAGAGCCUCCUCUCAUCCAACGAAUCUUCUCUUGUUACCACGCCAGCACAUCUCAAGACUCCACCUAGUGAAGCCACUUCCAAGGACACCCUUGGCGACCUCCCCUCAUUUCCUAAAAACUACAACGAAGAGAUGACGAAAGCACCAGCAGGCCCUAUUCGAAAGCCAAGUUUCUCCCAAGCAACGAACGUUAACAUUUCAGGUCACAAUCGUUUCCACAUCAUCCUCCCUUCGUCCGCAUCUCGUGCAACUGCCUCUGGCUCUCUUACCAAGUUGAAUGGGUGUAUCGUUGAUAUGUCUGUCCCGACCGCUAAUGGCGCACCCUUUGCCGGGCUUGCCCUUCAGAGCAUCAAGAACUCACUGAUCAUCGCUGGGCAUGUCGCCGGGGCUGCCCAUGUCACUGGAGUUGAAGGCAGUAUCAUUGUCGUGGCAUCCAGACAGGUUCGGAUGCAUGAUUGCAAGAAUGUAGACAUUUAUCUACAUUGUGCCAGCCAUCCUAUCAUUGAAGAUUGUAGCAACAUUCGCUUCUCUCCAAUUCCCGAGUGCUAUAUGACAACUCAAGAGACGCCAGUUCAAAACCAAUGGGACCAGGUCGAUGACUUCAAGUGGCUCAAGGCAGAGCACAGUCCAAAUUGGAGCAUACUGCCAGAGGACGAGAAGCUGAAGGGAGAGGUUUGGACCGACGUAAUUCCAGGAGGCCCGGGAGUUGGACUUGAGGAUAUCUUGAAAAGGAUCAACCUUCCUGGAAGGUAG